AUGGAGUCUCAUACAGCAGAUGGAGAAUUAUACAACGAAAAAAUUUUGGAAACGGCUAAGCAUAACUUUAAAACGAAAAUUGGCACUGAGUACACGACUAAAGAUGUAAUCAGAGUGUGGGAUUGUAUUUCCAGAUGGAUCGAAAACAACAUAAACCGUGACAAAGGUAUACUGAUGAAAGGAAUCGGUUACUUCACUGUGGCCCAGUGGGAUAUACCGGUGGGUAAAGGAUACCCGUUUACAAUCAGAAAGCCCGUGUUUGUGAUCGACGAGAAACUGGCAAAAGAUUACAAUUUGAAAAGGAAGCGACCUUACAAUACAGGGAAAAUCCACGAGCAUUAUUUGAAUCUGCUAUCGGUGGCACAUGAUUACGACCUGGACCCAGACAUGGUCCAGCAUUGUCUGAAAGAAGUGGUGACGGCGUUUAAGAAACUUCUGUACGAGCAGAAAAAUUGCGAACUUCCUUUUCCCAGGAUUGGCAAAUUACAAGUGAAAAAUAAGAAAGUCGUCAUGAGGUUUUAUCGCCAAUUUUUGGACAGGCAAAACGAGUACAUGCAAGACCGCAUGGAAGCAAGGAAGAAUCGCUAUAAGGCCACUAGUUACGACCCCAAUUGGGAUCGAGAUCAAUACAAACGAGAAGAGCGACCACAAACAUCAGGCUCUGUCAUUUCUCGACCAGCCUCUUCGUUGUCACAGUAUAGACCUGGUACCGGAUACGAACGUGUGCUGCCCAUGCCUUCUGAUAAUGCAAAAAGACCCACAUCCAGACUAUCGGUCUGUUCUCUCAGACCGAUUAGCAGACCUUCGUCCAACUUAUCAGUAAGAUCGAACCACCAAUCCAAUAGGCCAGGAUCGAGGGGGUUGUCCAGACAAUCAUCGAUCCGAUCCAGGUCGCUGGAAAGACCCGCAUCGUCCAAUCAUUUAUCACGACCCCAGACCAGAGCAUCGUCAGUGGAUUUGGCCAAAUUAUCCGAUAAAGCUGAAAAAGAAACUAAAUUCCAGGACAACUGUGUGGAUCAAAUAGAAAAUAACACCGAUCAUUUGUGUUACUUAUGUUGCAAGAGGAAACAACGAGUGGACACGAUAAAUACAUUCAUCCCAGAUUCACAGGAUAAAGAUAACUUUAUGAAAGGAGACAACCCAUUUGGCCAACCGUUAAACACAGACACUGAAAAUAAGCGUAAAAUGCAAUUGAAAGACACAUCAAACUACAAUUAUGUAACUGCCAAAAAACUCGCAGAAGUAAUUAAAAACGAAAACGAAAAAGCCCUAAGUGAAAAAAACGCUAAAAGUUACAUACUCUAUAAAAGACCUAAAAGCGUCACAGAGAAUUCCGGUGAGAAAAUUGCUCUGAGGCAAACUUUACUUGACCAGAUAGAAGAAAAAAAAUUAAAAAACAAUACAAAUAAAACAGCAUGCUUAGAAGAUGAAAAACGAGUCCAAGAAGAGCUUAUAAAAAGGUAUAAACAAAACACGGGUUCCUGA